AUGACGACGCAUACGUACCGCUCAGUCGACUUCUGGGCGCCGGCACUGCACCCCAACACUCUCCUGCAUGUCGCUGUGCCGGAGCCGGGACCGAGCCGGGACCCGAUCGUGCGCCACUUUGCGAUCAAGCACGGCGACCACGAGGCUGUCUCCGUGGUCAAGAAGAUGACCCGGACAGAGGGUGGACUACUCCUCGUUGACGACUCGUUCAAGGUUACGCAGGUCUCCGUGCCGACAGAGGAGGCGCCGAUUCCGACAGUCUCGGCUCAAGUCAAGGCCAAGAUCCCCGCGAAGGGAACAGUCAUGUGGUCUGGUCUCUCGACGGUGCAGGGCAAGGCGAUUUCUUCGCUCACCUCUGGCCGAGUAAACCUGUUCAAUGAUGACCUGAGCUCGGAGAGCUUGAAGCUUGGCGCACCGGCGCUGACGCUGUCGACGAUUGAGGGCUCGUCUCACUUCGCUGUUGCGGGCAAGGAACUCGAGGUGACUAUUCUCGAUGCUGAACGGGCAUUCUCCCCUUCUUCUGGUAAGAGGAAAGCGGACGAGGCGCUUCCGGGAGAGAUCUGGCGUGCGAAGAACCUCCCCCACAACCACCUCCGUCUCCGUCAACCCAUCUACCACCUCGCCUCCACCUUCCUCGACACGCCUUCCUCCCUCCUCACCGGCACCAAGGCCGGCCAGAUUAGGCGGUACGACACACGGCAGCGGAAGCCGGUGCACAACUGGGCCGUGGGCAAGGAGGCUGCGGGCGUGCAGGGCCUCGUGUACGGCGGCGAGCACGAGGUCUUCUUCUCCGAUCUGGCCAACACCCUCGGCGCCCUCGGCCUCCGCACCGGCAAGGUGCUGUACCAGGUGCCGAACCUGAGUGCGACGACAAACUGGAUGACGACGCUGCCGCACGAGAUGGAGGACGGAAAGAAGUUUGCCGCCGACACGCUGCCGAAAUCAAGCUUUGCUGGUCUCGCUGCCAUUGCCUCCGACGCCACGCUGCGUGUCUGCCAGACGACGCCGCCGCCGAGCGACGGACCCGUCAAGGGCAACUGGAACACGAGCGGCAGCAAGAAGUCGGCCGUGCUCGCGUCCGUCGGUGGCGUCGGUGUUGGAAGCUGCGUCUUUGACGGCUUCGGCACGCACACCGAGGUCAUUGAGAAGAAGGAGAAGGAGCGCAAGGAGGGCGACGACGAGGAUGACAUCUCGGACGAGGAGGUCGAUGACGAUGAGGAGGAGGAGAUGUGGGAAGGAAUGGGCGAGGCCGAGGAGGGAAGCGAUGAGGAGGAGGAGGAAUCUGACGAGGAAGAGGACGAGCCGGCGCGCAAGCGCCGGAAGUAG